AUGAAGAGGCUCUUGAAUGUCCAUUUUGCCCCAGCUAAUCUGCCCUGUGAAGACGUGGACGCCAACUGCGGCAGCUACGACACUGCCACCUGCAACAACCCCCAGUUCAGCCACUGGGCCGAGACUCAGUGUCGUUACUACUGUCGACGUUGUUCAGCUGCGGCUCUAGCUGCCAAGGAUGCCUUGCAAACAACACUCCCUCCAUCAUUGUGCAAGGACAAGAUAGACUGUCAGGCUUACAAGCAGGAUUCAUGUACCCAAUAUCCUGGAUGGGCAAAGGAAAACUGCAUGGCGUUCUGUGGAAUCUGCAAAGGCGCCCCAACACCUCCACCAGUGUGUGCUGACACAAAUCCCGGAUGUGCAGGCUACGACAAGGCGACCACCUGCAAGGACCCCAAGUUCACCCUGUGGAUUCGGGCCAACUGCGCAAAAUACUGCGGUCUUUGCAGCGAUGGAAGCGCGACUUCAGGCCCAGGGCCUAUCGGGCCAGCUAGUCCGGGCCCCCUGACCCCCGCUGGUCCCGUGGGGUACUCCCCAGCACCCCUAGGGAAGUAGUGCAACAUUCUUUCAAAACUAUGGAUGAACGAUUUUGUUGUAUGGAGGGAUAUCGAGGUGAUUAAAGUCUUAGAUCCUC